AAUUGAUGAAGAUAUUGCAAGUAUCUAUUUUGUGGAUAAUCAAGGUGUACAAGUGCCCCCUCCACCAAACUCCGUUCUCAGGAAUACAACAACUAAUCGUAAUGUUCUGUAUCGUCGUAAUGAAUUUCUUAUUUCGUGGAUUUGCAACUACUCUUUUCUCCAAAAUGGUUCGGAAAUUUUUAGAUUGGAGAGACAAAAACAACAAGCGAUAAGUGGAAAUUCGGAUCUUAGGAUGAGUUUAAUCGAGCAGUAG